AUGUCGCGGAAAUUUCCUGAAGUCCAGGGAGGAGGCUCGCUCAUUGUUGCCUGGCAGGUAAAAGACAAACAUGUCUUAGUUGUAGGAGGUGGAGAGGUAGCCGCCGGUCGUAUCCUCCAUGCCCUUAACGCUGAUGCCAAAGUAACGGUUGUCUGUCCUGCCUCUGGUCUCAAUGAUGAAGUAGCAUUUCGGGUAUCCGAGGGUCAAGUGUCUCACAUCGACCGGAACUUCGAGCCAACAGACCUUGAAGGAGCAGAUAUGGUUCUCUGUGCCAUUGACGACCCAGACGCCUCGACCCGCGUAUGGAAACUGUGUAAAGAGAAGAAAAUACCCGCAAACAUCGCCGAUGUACCUCCCGAAUGUGACUUCUACUUCGGUAGUGUGCAUCGGGAUGGCCCGUUACAGGUGAUGGUCAGCACGAAUGGAAAUGGCCCCAAGCUUGCGAGUAUGGUACGAAAGAAAAUCGCCGACACUCUCCCCGACAAUAUGGGCGCCGCAAUAGAAAAUGUGGGCAAAUUGCGGAGAAAGCUAAGGGAGGUAGCUCCCAACGUAGGAGAAGGUCCUAAAAGGAUGAAAUGGAUGUCUGGAGUCUGUGAAUCUUGGGGCCUAGGUGAACUUGUACAGAUGAAUGACCAGGAUAUGGAUAGGCUCCUAGCCCAUUACGAGUCCGGCAAGAUCCCCACAUUCGAUGAAGUCCGGUCUAACUGA